AUGUCAUCAGAAGAAGGAUCGCACCAACAAGAGGGAUCCAAUGACCCCCCAGCAACCAUCACAAAUGACGAAGCUGCUGCUGUGGAUCCAAAUCCAUUGAUGGAGGUCCAAGCCGCCAUGGAAAGUAUGCAAUUAUCGUCGUCACGCAAAGAAGACGAUGUAACGGAUGAAAAUGACGGGUGGGAAGCUGCUCCUACCAAAAACUCCAAGAAACGACGAAACAAACGAAACCAGAACUCGUCUCCUCAAUGGUCUUCUCCACCCAUCAUGGUCGAACCCAUUCCUCCUACUCCUCAGACUACCAACUUUUCUCCCUUUAUGAUACUGCUGAUUGGCUUGCCUGGUAGUGGCAAGUCCACCUUUAGCAAUUUGCUAGUAGAGGCCAUGCCGUACAAGUUUGCCCGAAUCAAUCAAGAUCAAUUGGGGACCCGUCAAAAGUGCAUCAAGGCGGCCAAUGAAGCCUUGGACGACAACAAGUGCAUUAUUUUGGAUCGAUGCAACUUUGAUUCUGCCCAACGCAGUACUUGGUUUGACUUGGCCAAAAAGCGAAAGAUUCCCGUGUACGGGUUAGCCUUGCAAGUGCCCAAAUUAUUGUGCAUUCAACGAUGUCAAGGCCGAGGGAACCAUGAAACGGUUGCGGCCAAGGAUGCUGCCAAGGUGGUCAAUAUUGUGGCACGAGGGUUUCAACUUCCCUCCAAGGAAGAACAACAAGGAAAAUUCCGAUCCUAUCUCACCUUGCUGAAUUCAAGCAUGUUGGACGACGCUGUCAUUCACUUUCUGAAUCAAUCAGGAUGA